AUCUUUGACUUUAUAAAUGACUAUUCUCUUGUUAAUGGAGUCGAAAGAGUUAAAUUUGACCAGGAAGUGACUACGGAGCAGGGGAGGAGCCUUUAUCAGCCUCAACAUGCUGAAACGAAACUGAAUGAGGAGACACCCAAAGUGUGCUUUGCUUUGAGGUUUUUUGCGCAGUUGUUGGUAAAAGUUGCUACUUUACAGAUAUGGCAACUGCAAGCAGUCUGCUGUCAGAGGAGAAGUUCUUGUGUUCUGUCUGUCUGGAUGUGUUCACUGAUCCAGUCUCAACACCAUGUGGACACAACUUCUGCAGUGCAUGUAUCCAUAAGUAUUGGGACAGCAGUGACAUGUGCCAGUGUCCAUUAUGUAAAAGGGUAUUUUCUUCAAGACCUGAACUCCAAGUCAACACUUUUAUAUCUGAGUUAGCUGCUGACUAUAAGACAUUAGUUCAAGCCAAAGCCUCACCUCCAGGCACACAACUUCCUGAAACAGCAGACGUUCCUUGUGAUAUCUGCUCUGAGAAAAAGGUAAAUGCCAUUAAAUCUUGCCUGAUGUGCCUAGCGUCUUUCUGUGAAGUUCACCUUGAGCCACAUCGGAGAGUUGCUGGUCUCAAGAGCCACACAUUAUUAGACCCUGUGAAGAAUCUUGAUGACAGGAUGUGCAAGACACACAGCAAGAUAACAGAACUUUACUGUAGGACUGACCAGGCCUGUAUUUGUGUCAUGUGUAUCAAAACCGAUCACAAGGGUCACAAUGUUGUCCCGCUCGAGGAAGAAUAUGAAGCAGUGAUGGCAAGAAAAGAUGAGACAGUAGCAAAUAUCCAAAGGAUGAUCCAAUCACGGUCUGAGAAGAUAGCAGAAAUUGAAAACUCAGUUGACGUCAGCCAGAAAGAAGCUGAGAAAGAGAAAGAAGCCAGUGUGCAGGUCUUCACUGACUUGAUCCGCUCCAUUCAGAGAAGCCAGGCCGAGCUUGUUGAGGUGAUUGAGGAGAGGUACAGAGCAACAAAGCAAAAGGCUGAAGGUUUUCUCACACAAUUGAAGAUGGAGGUCGCUGAGCUUGAAAGCAGAAGCAACCAGCUGGAGCAGCUGUCACAGUCUGAGGAUCACCAUCAUUUUCUCCAGAGCUUCCCAACCCUGUGCUCUCCUUUAGACAAGGACUGGAGCAACAUUAGUGUUCAGAGUGAUCUGUCUUUUGAGGGCGUCAGAGGGGCUGUGACUCUGCUGAAACAGAGAGUUAAUGAAAUAAUGCAAAAGCUUCCUGAGAUCAAAAUGAAAAGAAUGAGAGAGCAUGCAGUGGACUUGACUUUUGACCCUGACACAGCAUAUUGCUCACUUGUCAUAAGUGAGGAUGGAAAACAAGUGAUAGAUGGAGACACAGAACAGACUGUUCCCUACAAUCCAAAGAGAUUUGACACAUGUCCAGAGGUUUUGGCAAAGGAGGGAUUCACAACAGGGAAGUUUUACUAUGAGGUGCAAGUGAAAGGAAAGACUGCAUGGGUUAUUGGAGUGGUCAGAGAGUCAAUUGAUAGAAAGACGAACAUACCUCUGGCAGUUGAAAACGGUUACUGGACCAUUGAGCUUAAUGAGGGUAUAUAUAUAUAUGCAUGUGCAUCACCGAGAGUUGAAAUCACACUGAAAAAAAAGCUUCAGAAGGUGGGAAUCUUUCUAGCCUAUGAAGACGGAGUGGUUUCUUUCUAUGAUGUGAAUUCUAAAUCACAUAUCUAUUCUUUCACCGGCUGCCACUUCACAGAGAAACUUUACCCAUACUUCUGUCUUCAAGUCAAUGAGAAUGGAAAAAACUCUGCCCCUCUCAUCAUAACACCUGUACCUCAAACACACUGAGUUUAUUUUUCUUGAAAAGUCUCAGAAAACGUAACAUAGGUCUCUAUUAAUAUACUUUGCAAAUCUGCUUAAAGCAUUAACAGCAUCUUCCAAAUGUAACAUUGUUAAUUCAACUUCCUUCUUUAAUAUUGAAAAUAUUUUCUCUCCAUGGAUGAACAUGUAAAAGAAGUGUGCCUUCUGAGCCUUUCUCUACAGUGUAUAUGUAUAUGUGUGUAAAUAUAAACUGAUGAUACUAAUGUUGCAGUGUAAUAUUGUCAGAUGCUGUUGUAUUACAAUGGAUGAGGUUUUCUGUGUCAUUUAUCAUGAUAUAAUGUAAUGUUACUUUAUUAUGAUAAUCUGUUGCUCUCUCAUGCAUACUUUGAUUGUUCAAAUAGGUUAUAUUAGUGUAACAUGCCUGUACAUACAGCCACUACCCUGACUAUGAUUUAUCAGAUGGAGAUUUACAGAAAGGGACAGUACUGGGAAGAAUAGACCAGUGUCUAUAAAGUUUUUAUUUGAUGGAUUUCUUGUAAUUCACAAUAGUUUGGAAUGAAGAGCUUCUGUGCAUUUGACAAGUGGUGUCUAAAUAAACUACAAAUCUUGACAGA